AUGUUUGUCAUCAUUUUAAAUGUCUUGCUUUGCGUCUCCCCUGUUCAUUCUGUGUGGGCCUGUGUCCGCUCCUGUCCCACCAGCUGCGUCUGCACUGAAGAGAAGAGUUGCUCCAUUCUUUGUGACCGAGCUGGCCUUACACAGAUCCCUAAUGAGUUUCCUUGUGAAGCAUAUUCUAUUAACCUGGAUAAAAAUAACAUCAAAUUCCUGGCUGAGAGGGCAUUUGGUACCCUCCCAUCCCUCAAAUCUCUCUCAAUAAGUCAUAACAACAUAUCCUUUAUUACUCCUGGUGCUUUCAAAGGGCUUGCUAGCUUGACUGAGUUAAAAAUGGCCCAUAAUGAAUACAUUCGUUAUCUGCAUACCAGGACUUUUAUUUCUCUCCAGAGGCUAGUCAAAUUGGACUUAGCAGACUGCAAUCUUUUCAGCAUUCCAGACAGGAUUUUUAUAGAGCUUCCAGCUCUUCAAGAACUCUUUUGCUUUCAGAAUAACUUCCGAAGGAUCCCAGGAGCUAUAAGAGGGAUGGAGAAUUUGACCCAUAUUUAUUUGGAGAAAAACAAGAUAGAAGCAGUAGCAUACAAUUCACUUCUGGGCCUGAUCCGGUUGAAAUAUCUCAAUCUGCAAGUCAACAGAAUAAAUGUAAUUCAUAAUAGAGCUUUUCAGGAUUGUCAGAAAUUGGAGUACCUUUAUUUAAAUGACAACUUAAUCAGUGACCUCCCUGAGAAUUCCUUUGAUGGUCUGUGGCAUCUAAAAAUGCUUAAUCUUGGUGGCAACUUUCUUAGGAAUGUCUCUAAUACUUGGUUUCAGGAUCAGUCUGAACUGGAAGUUUUGUAUUUGGACAGAAACUGGAUCAGCUAUAUUGAGGAAGGUGCUUUUGAAAACCUCACAAGCUUGGUAUCUUUGCACUUGAACAGUAACAAUCUAACCACUUUGCCUUUCUUAGUUUUCCAACCAGUCUACUUCCUAGGAAGACUCUACCUCUUCCGGAACCCCUGGGAGUGUGACUGCAAGAUUGAGUGGCUGAAAGAGUGGAUGGAGAAUUAUGGACUUGUGAGAGAUAUUGCUUGUACUUCGCCAUCUUCAGUAGUUGGUCUUGACUUAAUUGAUGUUAUUUUUGAGAAGACAGUUGAAGGUUUCUGUCUUGACCCAGAAGAAUUAAAUACCUCAUCUCACACAACUCUUCCCAUGCAAGAACUACAAUCUACUACACAGAAUAAAUUCAACAGUCUUAUCUCAAAAUUUCUACUCCAGAAGGGACUUUCAGAGGAGGUGGUAAACACCACAGAAGGUUUCAGCAAUGCUACUCUGUUAGAUGAAUUGAUUAAUGAAGCAUCUUUAGAACUAGGAGAAAAUAAUAUAAAACAAGUAUAUUUUAAUAUUUGGGUAUUCAUUGUAUCUCAAGCAUUAUGGACCAUAUAG